GCGGGGCUGGGACCGGCAGUGCAGCCAAGGGUUAGGCUGCUGGGGCGCGGCCAGAGCUGGGGCGCGGCGGCGAGGGCCGGCCCCCCCAUCCCGCCGACUUUAAAUUCCCCCGCACUGGGGCGGCUGGUGCACACUUACCUGCCAGUCUGCCGCGAGGGCACCGCUCUGCAAGCCCGACGACUCCUGCCCUCUGCUUCAGGCGGAAAAUGCUGCUGCUGGAUUGCAACUCGGAGGUGAGACUCGGACCCUUUCUGUCCCGCAGGCUGAAGCUUCCGGAUGUCCGUCUUCCAGGGAGCGCUCGCGAGGGUGACUGCGGAGCGACCACGGGGCGCUGCCUCGGUGGAGAAUCUGACGGAUCUGCUGGCGGCCGGGGCCUCGGUCAACGCACCCCCGGAUCCCUGCGAGCAGUCGCCCGUCCACUUGGCCGCAGGUGGCGGCCGCGCUUGGUUUCUUCUCUGGCAGCUGCAGACGGGCGCGGACCUCAACCAGCAGGAUGUGUUUGGAGAAGCUCCACUCCACAAGGCAGCAAAAGCGGGAAGCCUGGAAUGCCUUAGCCUGCUUGUAGCCAGUGAUGCCCAAAUUGAUUUAUGUAAUAAGAACGGGCAAACAGCUGAAGAUCUUGCUUGGUCAUGUGGAUUUCCCGAAUGUGCCAAGUUCCUUACAGCAAUUAAACGUAUGCAGACAGAACACCCAGGUGAGCCAUCCCGUAGAGAUCCCUGUGUUCCGGUGCUCGGACAGAAACGAAGCUUUGCGAGUGCAGGAAAUACAAGUGGGAAAAGGAAGUGUCCAUGACUUGGGUAUGAGGAGGCGUGAAGAGGCCUUCACGUCGUGAAGAUCUGCUGCUCAGCUACAAGCCAUGGCUUUCGCUCAUCAGGCGUCUAAACUCCUUCUGAGAAGGAGGAGAACUUUCUUCUAAGUGAAGAUAACAUUUAUGAAUACAUGUAUUUACAUGCCUACAAUAUUGUGGUUGCACAUGCUUUGUCUAUUAAGGUCUUAAAGGAAUGUCUAAAGACUAAUUUCUUUUUUUGUGUAGUAUUUAUAACCUUUGGAAAAAAUCAAGGUUAAACCAUCAAACUACACCCAGGAUUCAUUUGAAAAUUAAACUUAUUUUUUAUUAACAAAUUUAUAAUAAACUUUACUACAGUC